GCUUCCUUUCCCCUCCCUCCCUCCUUCUCUCUUCUCUCUCCCCCUUCCCCUCCCCCUCUCCUCCUUCACCGGGUUCGGCUGCUGCAAGCCCCGCAGUAUGAGGUGGUGCUGGCUGCUAAGGCCAAUGGGCUGCUGGCCGCUCCUGCUGUCCGGGGGUCACUGAGAGCCAGCGUUGGAGGGGGGGGGGGAGGAGGAUCGGACGAUUUUUUAAUUUUCCCUCCCUCCAUCCGAAAGGACGCGGCUGAUAUAUGAAGACCCUGUGUGGACAGUAAUGACCGCACGCUUCCGAUUGCCAGCUGGCAGAACUUACAAUGUACGAGCAUCCGAGCUGGCACGAGACAGACAACAUACAGAAGUGGUUUGCAAUAUCCUUCUCUUGGAUAACACUGUACAAGCUUUCAAAGUCAAUAAACACGAUCAGGGACAAGUUCUGUUGGAUAUAGUUUUUAAACAUCUUGAUUUAACUGAGAGAGAUUAUUUUGGUUUACAAUUGGCUGAUGAUUCUACAGAUAACCCAAGGUGGCUGGAUCCAAACAAACCAAUAAGGAAGCAAUUAAAAAACAUACUUCUGUUAAUUCUAGGAGGAUCUCCUUACAGUUUGAACUUGAGAGUCAAAUUUUUUGUAAGUGAUCCCAACAAGCUGCAAGAAGAAUAUACAAGAUACCAGUAUUUUUUGCAAAUUAAGCAAGACAUUCUUACUGGAAGAUUACCCUGUCCUUAUAAUACUGCUGCUCUUUUGGCUUCCUUUGCUAUACAGUCUGAAUUGGGAGAUUACGACCAUUCAGAAAACUUGCCAGGCUACCUCUCUGAUUAUUCUUUCAUCCCUGGUCAGCCUCAAGACUUUGAAAAAGAAAUCGCAAAAUUGCAUCAGCAACAUUUAGGCUUAUCUCCUGCAGAAGCAGAAUUCAAUUAUCUCAAUACAGCUCGAACCUUAGAACUGUAUGGAGUUGAAUUGCACUAUGCAAGGGAUCAAAGUAAUAAUGAAAUUAUGAUUGGCGUAAUGUCUGGAGGGAUACUAAUUUAUAAGAACAGGGUACGAAUGAACACCUUUCCAUGGUUGAAGAUUGUAAAAAUUUCAUUUAAGUGCAAGCAGUUUUUUAUUCAACUUAGGAAAGAAUUGCAUGAAUCUAGAGAAACAUUACUGGGAUUCAAUAUGGUGAAUUAUAGAGCUUGUAAAAAUUUAUGGAAAGCAUGUGUAGAACAUCACACAUUUUUUCGUUUGGAUAGACCAUUGCCACCUCAGAAGAAUUUUUUUGCACAUUAUUUUACUUUGGGUUCAAAGUUCCGAUACUGUGGGAGAACAGAAGUCCAGUCAGUACAAUAUGGCAAAGAAAAGGCAAACAAAGACAGAGUAUUCGCAAGAUCUCCCAGUAAACCUUUGGCACGGAAAUUGAUGGAUUGGGAAGUAGUGAGUAGAAAUUCAUUGUCUGAUGAAAGAUUAGAAACACAAAGUUUACCAUCACGCUCUCCACCUGGAACACCAAAUCAUCGCAACUCUGCAUUUACACAAGAAGGAACCCGACUACGACCAUCUUCAGUUGGUCACUUGGUAGACCAUAUAGUCCACACAUCUCCAAGUGAAGUUUUUGUGAAUCAGAGAUCUCCAUCAUCAACACAGGCUAAUAGCAUCAUUCUGGAAUCAUCACCAUCUCAAGAGACUUCAGAAGAUGGGCAGCCUCCUGCAUUACCACCUAAACAAUCUAAGAAAAAUAGUUGGAACCAGAUUCAUUUCUCACAUUCCCAGCAAGAUCUGGACAACCAUAUUAAUGAAACAUUUGAUGUUCCUGCUUCACCUGAAAAAUCUACACCCAAUGGUGGUAUUCCUCAGGAUAAUCUUGUUCUGAUAAAAAUGAAACCUGAUGAAUAUGGAAGGUUUGGAUUCAACGUAAAGGGUGGAUAUGAUCAGAAGAUGCCUGUGAUAGUUUCUCGUGUAGCUCCAGGAACACCAGCUGACCUCUGUGUCCCUCGAUUGAAUGAAGGGGAUCAAGUUGUGCUGAUUAAUGGCAGAGACAUCACAGAACAUACUCAUGAUCAAGUUGUCAUGUUUAUAAAAGCUAGCUGUGAGAGACACUCAGGGGAACUUGUACUCCUAGUUCGACCCAAUGCUGUAUAUGAUGUAGUAGAAGAAAAAUUUGAAAAUGAACCAGAUUUCCAAUAUAUCCCUGAAAAAUCCCCACUAGAUGGUGUUCAUCAGAAUGAUAAUGCUUUGAGGGAAUCAAUGGUCCAGCUCGCCGAGGGUCUUGACAGUGGAACAAUCCUUACACAGUUUGAUCAACUCUAUAGGAAAAAGCCUGGAAUGACAAUGUCUUGUGCCAAAUUACCUCAAAAUAUUUCCAAAAAUAGAUACAGAGAUAUUUCGCCUUAUGAUGCUACACGGGUUAUUUUAAAGGAUAAUGACGACUAUAUCAAUGCAAAUUACAUAAAUAUGGAAAUCCCUUCCUCCAGCAUUAUAAAUCAGUAUAUUGCUUGUCAGGGGCCAUUACCAAACACUUGUACAGAUUUUUGGCAGAUGACAUGGGAACAAGGUUCCUCCAUGGUUGUAAUGUUGACUACACAAGUGGAACGAGGCAGAGUUAAGUGUCACCAGUAUUGGCCAGAACUCACAGAAAGUUCAUUGUAUGGGACUUUCCAGGUUACCUGCCAUUCCGAAGAAGGAAAUUCUGCCUAUGUCUUCAGAAAUAUGACACUAUGUAACUUAGAGAAAAAUGAAAGUCGUCAACUAAUCCAGAUUCAGUACAUAGCCUGGCCUGACCAUGGAGUCCCUGAUGAUUCAAGUGACUUUCUUGAUUUUGUCUGUCAUGUACGAAAUAAGAGAGCUGGCAAAGAAGAGCCUAUCAUUGUUCAUUGCAGUGCUGGGAUCGGACGAACAGGGGUUCUUAUCACAAUGGAAACAGCUAUGUGUCUCAUUGAGUGCAAUCAACCAGUUUAUCCAUUAGAUAUUGUAAGGACAAUGAGAGAUCAAAGAGCCAUGAUGAUUCAAACACCUAGUCAAUACAGAUUUGUUUGUGAAGCUAUUUUGAAGGUUUAUGAAGAAGGAUUUAUUAAACCUUUAAAGACAUAGUUUCAUAAAUACUAGAGCAAAAGGGCUGGGAUCUUUGUUGAAAUAAUCUUGUCCGUUAUAACUGAACUGGCUGUAUCCAUUGUGCCACCAUACUACUACUUACAGACAAUGGCAUCAGAGAAAAUGAAGAAUUGACAAAAGACUUAGAAAAUUCAGCACUCUUGCACUUUAUGUUGAAACAAAAGUCAGUCUCUCAAACUCUCAAACUCUUACGUUUGAAGACUUUAUUUCAUUCUUUGCUCCGAACAACAACAAAAAAAUAAUGAAUGAACUUAAAUGGGUUCAGAGUAAUUUAUGAAAUGUCAUGGUAAUGCUCAUCCAGUCCUAUUCUGGUUGAAUUACUAAAAACAAGGCUUGGAAUUCCUACCAUCUGUGCUAUACACCUGCAUCUUGGAAACAAAAAAUAAGUAAACAUCAGACAUUAGCCACAGUCUUCUCCAGUGUUUCAUAUAUUUAUAGUGUACUGGUUCUUUUUUUUUUUUUUUUAAAGACAUUAGCAAUACUCUGAAUAUUAGCCAAUACACUGCCUAUUUAUGUGGCACAUUUUAUUUAAUAUUCCCCCCAAAUAGAUCUACUGUUUAUUAGAAGAAAAAUGUAAUUUUCUUUUGUUAUAGGAAAAUGCACAUUUGCCAGCAUCUUAUAAAAAGUAUAAAUAUGAAUCUGUAGAAUGCUUUGCAAUGGCAGUCUCAGUCCAUAAAAUUAGUUUGUUUCAAGUCAUGUAACUCUCAUACAUAAUGUAAAUGAAUGCAUGCAUUAUGUCUUAACCCCUUAAGUGCCUUGAGACUUCCCAAAUGGCUAAUGAAAAGGCACUCAUAAAACCCAGUGGGGAAGGUGUGUAUAGUGUACAUUCUCACUUUUUAUGCAUUUUGAAUGGGUUCACAUUUUCUAAUAUCUGGUUAUUGGAAGCAUAGAGGAAGUCAAGAAAAUGCCAUUCCUUUGUAUUCAAUGCUUGUUUGUUCCUGUAAAGAGCAAAGCUAUUUUGUUUACUGUGGAAAUAAGCACUCUGCUGCUGUGAAAUUAUUUUAAAAUGUGGCACAUUUCUUUGGGGAAGAGGAUACAUUUGAAUGAGAGCUACUAGGUUCUUCAGAUUGGAUGUUUUAUUUUUAUCUCUGCUCUGUUUUUUGAUGGCAAUAUGAAGAAUAUGCUAAUACUACAGACUUAACUUUGUAACAAAUUUAUGAUUAUUUUUUCUUCCCAUCUCCUACAAAAAUUUACUUUUCAAAACUCAUGAUGUCACUUUAUAUCCACAUUUUUUGGUGUUUGGUUUGGUAUCUUUUAAGUAAGCAAUGAAGCAGUGUUCAUUUGUUUCUAGAUUUUUAUUUCUUAAUGACCAUGACUGUGGUUUUUCUAGUUACUGUGGUGUGCAGUUAAAUUGUUCAUGUUUGCAUAUGCUACUUAUUUAAGUUAUAUAAGGAGGAAUUUUAUCUCUCUAUCUGAUGUAAUAUGAGUUCAUUUUGAUUGUGUAUAUGUUUAUUUCCUUUUUUGUAGCCUGUGGGAAGAAAGAACUUUUAAAAUUAUCCAGUUUGAUAUACAUAGGGAAAAUUUACUUAGCUUUUUGAAUGUGAGAUGAAAAGAUGAUUAUAUAUAUAUAUGUAUACGUAUAUACAUAUAUUGUGGCUGAGAAGAGAUACUAUUUACAAAUGGUUUUCUGAAGAUUUGUGUAUUGUCUUAAUAAAUUAUGUAGAGCAUAGAUUCAAAUGAUGAGCAUUUUAGAAUGCCAUUUUGAGAUGUUAAAAAUGUUGCACACUUUGAGAGACUUCAGUAUGAUCUAGAUGAAUAAUUAUAAGUUAAGAGAAGUCUCAAAUAAUCAGGACCCAUGAGGUUUUACAGGAAAUAUACUAAAUACUAAAGUUACAUGUAAACUGAUAAGUGAAGGUAAAUUCUUUUACUUGUACCCAAAUGACAUGUUCUUCCCAACAUGAACAGUGAAGAAAUAUAGUCAGUUCUGUUUAAAAAUCACAGAUAAAUGCAAUGUAGACACCUAUAUAAUACUUAUAUAAAAAGUGGAAAAUUUAAUCAAAACAAAUAAUCUUAUCCACACAAUACCAAAUAACUAACUAAUAUGUUUUUUCCAUUAAACUGAGAAUUCAGUCAUUUGGUUUGGCAUUGUAUUUAAAAAAAAAAAAAAAGCCAAUGUGAAAACCAGACUAAGGAAUCGGAAAAUGUAUGAAUACGAACACAUGCAAAAAUAUCGUAGUUGAUAACUGUCAUCACUGAGAGUUCUUCUUGAGUUAUUGUUGUCUACUGUAAUCACUGGUUUCAUUUGAGUUCUUAUGCUUUAAUUAGUGCCUAUAAGUAUAUGAUAAUGUGUUUGAAUUGUCAUAAAUAUAUUUAAAUGUCUCACUUUUGCAUUUCUUAUCAGGGAGUACCCUCAAGUUUAUUUUUUACAUUUGUUGUAGAGCAUUAAUAUCCUCCUAGAACUAAUAGAUGUAUUAUCCUUCGACAGAAGAAUGACAGAGAGAAUCCUAAAGCCAUUUUCAUGAAUAUACCUAUUCUUUACUCUUUUCUGAACAUGUAUAUAAUUUUAUCUAACUGAAACUUGUGGGAGUUAUCAAAAAUUUACUUUCAAGUCAAAAAUUAUUUCUAGUAAUGGUCCCUAAUUUCAGGAUUGUUCUGAUCACCGUCAUUCCUAAAUAAUAUUUUGUAAGAAAAUGCCAAAUCUUCUCUCAUUGCCUAACACCUAUCUACCAUUCCUAAGAAGAAAAUACUUCAUUGCCAUCUCUUAAUUUGAUGAGUAGAAAUUAGGAUAUUAAGAGCAUUUGUUUUAACAAGAGAGAAAAAUCUCUCAUUUUUCUCUCAUAGGUUCUUUUUCCCCAUAGUACUUGGGUAUAAAGAAUAUGUUUGCAAUAAGAGGAAAAACAGUAUCAGAAAAUGUGUACAUGCGCGUGCGCACACACACACAGACACACACACACACACACAAAUAUUCAAAGUAGAUAGACCAACAGAAUAAAUGCCUUUCUAAUGACUUGCCAGUUAAAAAGAAUGUUGAUCCUCUUGAUUAGGGGAAUUCAAAGAGAGUUGAUAUUGUAAUUGGUUUUAAAUUCAUCAGUAUUUUUAUUAAGCCAUUUUUUUUGACACAGUUGUUUACUUGCAGUUGUCAAGCUUUGAUAGAGAAAAGCUUAUUUUGCGGCGUGUGUGUGUGUGUGUAAUAUCACAGAAGAUGAUCAUAAGGUCACGUUUUUAGUAUAUGAGCAAAUUGAGUAUGUUUGAACUAAAGCCCUCCACUUAGACCUGGAACUCAUCUAAUACAACCCUCUUAUUUUACAGACAAAUGAAUCCCCCACCACCACCCCAAUAAAAUAACCCACAAGGGAAAAUUGAGAGGAAAUUGAACAUAAUAAGAAAAUCGAGGUCUUGAACUUUUGCCUUCAAAUUUCUAGUCUCUUUUACUUCUAGUAUUCUUUAUACUAUUCUACACUGCCUUCUGAUGACUAGAGAAGUGUCUUGAUCUAAUGGAAAAAAACACUGGCUUUGAAAUCCAAGAAUCUGAUUUCAUAUCUUGUCUCUGAUGCUUGUUACCUGUGUGACUGUGGGUAUCUCACUUAAAGUCCCUGGGUCUUUCCUCAUUAAAACAAGAGACAUGAAUUUCGAUGCUUUCUAUGCUCUGUAUUUUACUAGCUGCUGUCUUUUAUGUCCAGGCAUGGAAUCUCUAAUACUAUGAUCCUAUCACUAAUCAUUUGUUCCUUCCAAUAAUUUAUAAUGGGCUUAAAUUUCACAAAUGUUCGUGAUUGGCAGUUUUGAAUUUCUCCCUGAGGGACCUAUCCUCAAUCACUGUUUUCAUUGGGUGACAGCUAUGGAUUUUCACAGAUAAUUAUGGUUCAAAAGGCAGGUAUGAGUGAUAGCUUAUUUCAUGAAUUUGCUUAUCUAACCUCCAUACUGGAAUUUUAGCCUUUAUAGUUGUUAGUCCAUUGUAAUUUAUGAAAACUGGUUGAUAUUAUAUGAAAAUAUUGUGGGCUGUAAUUUUAUUAUAGAGGGUUAAUUUAAUAAAACUACCAUUAAGAUAUAGAACAUGUCCAUUAUAAUAAAAGAAUUUAUGUUCAUAUCAUGAAUAUAUAUUAGAAUUAAAAAGGAAGAGUGUACUACAUAGCAUCUCUAUUUUGCAUAUCUAAAGAUUCUUAUGAACCUUUGCCAAAGCAGUUUUACAUCCACAAAAACCAUUUAUACCACAAUAAUGCAGAGUCAAUUUAUAGAUAGUUUUAUUGUUGUUGAUGAUGUUUUUAUUUUUAUAGUUUAUGUUGUUAUGGUUUUAGCCUUAAUAAUAAAAACAUUAUUAUUGGCCAACCAUAUUACAACAGUUACAUGCUAGAAUAGAAAUCUGGUCAAAUGACCAGUGUUUAAAAGUACAGUCUUACUAUUUUGAUGCCAAAGUAUAAUAGGUAUUCAUUCCCAUCUGUUAACUGCUUUAACUGGGUUUAUGUUAAAUCACUUCAUUCAUCAAAAUGGCAAGCUGUUGACUUUUUUAUUUUUAUGGAAACUGCUUUGGCUUCCUAGCCAAAGUAGGUUUUUUUCAUAAUAGCUUUUUAUAUUGUUUCCACCAAAUUAAAGUUAAAAACUGGUUACCACUAAAUUCUAAGGCAUCAAUAAUAUAGCAUGUUUGAUCUGUUGGACUUUUUUAAACCUGUUGUGGUUUUCUAACCAUGUUAUUUGUUUUCUAAUACUCAUUUAGGACUGUAUUGCUAAUAGCUCAAAUCCCAUAGCUUUUCUGGUCUGAUGACUAUAAAAGAGCAGCAGCAGCAGCCUUGGAAUCAGGAAGGCUUGGGUUCAAGUCUACCUCUGAUACACUACCAGGAGUUUGACCAGUGGUCAAUCAUUAAACCUCUCAAUGCUCUAGGAAAGUAUCUAAAGUUAUAUGUUAAAAUUCAUGUUUUGUUGUGAUCUUUAAAUUUCUGGACCAAAGUAGAUUGUUUUGCUAGUUCCUUUUCAUCAUCUGCAAUACAGUCUCUAGUUUUCCUUUAUUAAAAAAAAAAGUAGGGCAGAUUUUUUAAGGUCACAAUUUUAGAAGAAAGUUGUAUACCUGUUUAAGCUCUUAAAAAUAUUUUAAAAUUCUCAUGGCAAAUUAAAAAAAAAUUUAAAGCCUUAUAUUAUUAAAGUUUUAGUUAAAAUCUAGCUUUCUCUUAUUGUGGUAUAAAUGGCAUAAAAAGUGUAAAUAUAUUUUUCUAUGGAAUAAAUAAAAAUUCAAAACUGCUAAAAAAUCUUACUUUAGGUAUAAAUUAUCACUUCUUUAAAGAAGAAAAGCAUUUUUUAUGUCAUUCAUGCUAUAAAAGAACAUGAAUGUACCUUUUAAACAUAUAAUGGUUAAAAUUAUGACUUGGAUUUUACAAAGAGUUAUUUUCAUACCAUUUCUUUAAAAAAAAAAAGGCAGAGGGUAAAAAGAAAAAAAAAGUAAGGUUUGUUACACUUCCCUUAGACAAAAUGCAGCUUGACACCUAAGUAGGUUUUCAUUGUAUUGUAAAUAAGAGCAUUUUCACUGAAGUUUGUGACUGAUGUAUAGAUUUCAGAUUUUUUUUUUUUUCCAUUUUGUUUUCCUUUGGGCUUUGGGACUGAAAAUUCUAAGGGCCAUAUAUCAUUUGUAAGAAUUUUAGCAUAUUGUUUUUUAAAUGUAGUUGUGUAUUCUUCAGUUCUGGAAUAUAGAGGGGGACAUGUAUAUACAGGAAGUGAGAAAAGGAAAAGAUUUUCAAAUAUUUCUUGGUAUAUUUUUGUGUAUUUAACUUGAGAUUCUAUCUCAAAGGACUGUCCCUAAAGCAUCCAAAAAUUCAGGCAGACAUUUUGAUGGUCAUAACUUUGAUUUAAGCCAAACAACUGUAUCCUCAAUUAUGUCAUUCAAAUAUACUGAAUUUGAGUAUAAGUGGAUUACACUAAAGCAAUAAAAUGGUUAGGUUUUUUAAUUCUAGGAGUCAUGUACAUAUAACACACUAUUGGUUGGUUAUAAUCCUAAAGGAUUUACUAACUCAUCUGCAAAGAAACUAAAAUAUGAAACCAACUUUUUUUUUGAACGAUUAUUUUGUGUAGUAAUUCCUCUAGAAAAUCGCAAUCUAAAUAGGUCAUUUCUUGUCAUUUUUACAACUUUGAGGCAGAAUUUUAUUCUUCUCUCUGAAGCAUUAUUGUCUCCAUUCUUGCCACUCAUUAGCAUCUCUGUUACUUUCCAGUAGUUUUAGUCCGGUUUUGUUUUAAUAACCGGCUUUACUUUGAAUAAUUAAGUUGUGUAUAAGAGGGAAGUACUCUAAAUAUUUGUGGGGCUUAUUUUUCUUUGUCUUGUUACAGUUGUUCCUUAAAAAAGUAAAGCACUAGUAUUAGCCUUCCUAGUCUUAAAAAAUUUGAAUAACACAGUGAAUUAUCCAUUGUGUUGGCCAUAAAUGAAAUGUUUUAUUACUAAAUGAAAUCCUUCAACAAGAGGCACUUACAGAUGAGAGAAUUCUGAUUAUAUUAAUUUAAUUACAGAGAAGUACAAUUUUAUUUAAAGCUCCCAUCCCCAAAGUCAACAUAGGGUCUUAGAAAGUAGAAGAUGCAGGCUUUUCAAACUGUGUUUAAAAGACUAAGGAUGAAUUGCAAACAACCAUGUUCCUUAAGUGGAAAAUUCAGGUACUUUAAAUCUCUGUACUCCUGGAAAUGUUAUGUUCUAGUUGUUUACUUGAUCAAGUUUUUACUGGGCUAGAAGAUUACAAAAAUUUUUUAAAGUUUCCUGGCAUUCAUCCAUUUCUAAUAGUUCAUCAGUAAUUUUAUUCCCAUAGAUGGGUUUGAAAUCAGUGGUGCCACAUAAUUUUCUGUUUAGAAAACCAAAUUUGAACAUACUGUUUCCUAUAAAUUCAAUAGCAGCACUUUAUAUUAUGCUUAACUACUGACUUCUUUUUGGGGCUUGAGGGUAAGUGGUAGAAUUCUGGAAAAGGAAUUUAAUUGAUCAGCAUGUCGCAUUAAAAAAAAAAAUUAUGCCCAACUACAGAUACUUGACAACAUCAAUUUAUAAUUUAUUGAAUAUCUCUAGAAGUCAACUGUUAUAAUCUUAGUUGUCCACCUUUCAGCAAUUUAUUUAAUGCAAAAACUGCAAAGGGAUUCCCCUUGCUGAACUCUGGAUUCUCUCCGCUGCAGACAGGCUUUGUUUACCAUGAACAUUUCUGCUUUGCAUUAUUUUGACAUUUACAUAAAAUACCUGAAAAUAUGUAUUUUUUGUACUUGAACUUAUUUUAGGUUUUGAUAACUAAAGAUAAGUAGAUAAUGUACAACAGAACAAUUUUUUAAAAAGUCCUAAUCCUUUUUACUCUUGAGGCACAUGCCAAAAACUGGGGCGUAAGGGGUUAAAACAGUUUACAUUAAGCUGUUUCAUUUUCUGCUGUAUGUUAGAACAUAUCUGCUACAAACAAACUGCCUAGCCCUACGGCAUCAGGACGCUGCAGUUACCAUCCAUUUUAUCUUAUCAAAUAAGAAAAGCUAGUCUUUAUUUUCUACAGUGUAGGCUUAAUUUUGGGACAGAUAUUUCACUGUAUAUUUAACAGUGAUCUCAUUUUAAAUAGUAAUUUUUGAAAAGAUUAAUUGUGUGUAGAAAAUGUUUAGGAUUUUGGUUGAGUUUGUUUUGUUUUGUUUUUUUCCUGGUGCUAGCUUAUUUAUAUGUAAAUAAAAAAGAAUCUCAUCUAUAUCCUAAUCAUAGCAGAAAUUAUUUCCUGAUUAUAAUAAAGAAUUUGAUGUGUCUCCUGCCCUUUUUGUUUAUUUAAUUCUAAACUGGACAUUGACUAUCCCAAGUUUGUAAACUAAUUGUUUCAAAGCUGAAAUUAGUCCUGUGGAUUUUUAUAUUAACUUUUUUUUAAUGACUUCCUAUUAUUACAACCCCUCCAAUACAUAUUUGUAUUCAAAAUUCAUCACAUAAACUCCCUACGGCAAAAGAGCAAAGGGUUCAAUUGAAAAAAAUGUAUAAACUUGAAUUUGGUCAACACUGGACAAUGUCAUUUGUGCUUUUUUUCCACUGCAGCUAUUUACUGUAUGCAUUAAAAAAGGGCUUGUGUUUUUUGUCUUCAAAGAUGAAAGCUCUUGCCAUCAAUAUAACAAAAUAAUCUACAAAUACCAGCAGUUUCCAGGAUGAAAAUGCUAACUUUUGUUAACCAAUAUUGUUUUAGUCUUAAGAAAAGCUUCGUUUUAUCACGUGAGAUGCUGUUAAACAUUUUGUGGCAUAUUUAAUUUCUGUUGAGAAAUAGUUGUUUAGGUAAAACUUGAAAAUAAAUAUAGUUGUGAAACUUGUUCACUUGCAAAAUAAAGAUGUGCUUUAGUAAUGUAAA